UCCGCGGUCACACUGAUAGUUAAUAAACAAAGUAAAAUACACAGCUUCAACUUGUUUAAUGUUUAUUCAACGGUAGCUUUUUAGAACGAAGCCAUCACGUCGCCCUGUUCGCUGGACGUGUGCAGCUGCUUCUCCAUCAAACGCCUUUGCCAGUCGAUGCGACCACCACUGGGAGGCGGACGAACGCGUAAAAUGAGCAACAACUACAACGACAUACCCUUCGGCAUACGGAUAGUGCAGAAAUUGUCGCGACAAUGUUGCCCCCGCCUGCACGCACGCCGAGAUUUGCUUUACAAGGUAUCAAUUUUUGUGCUGACUUUCCUUGCCUAUGCCUGCUAUCACAUGUGCCGCAAGCCGAUUUCGGUGGUCAAAUCGGUGCUGCAGGGAAACUGUUCAUCUGCACAGGCUGCCCAGUUACACGAAGGCCAGGACUGUGGCUAUGCACCUUUUGAUGGACCCGAUGCCACCAAACUGUUCGGUAUGCUGGACUCCGCGUUUCUCUUCACGUACGCCAUUGCCAUGUUCGCGUCAGGUUUUGUGGCCGAGCGCGUUUCCCUGCGCUACUUCCUGUCAAUGGGCAUGAUCCUCACUGGCGUCUUUACGUACAUGUUUGGCAUUGCCCGCACCUCGAACAUACACAGUCUCUGGUACUUUAUCCUCAUCCAGAUCUGUGCUGGCAUAUUUCAGACCACGGGCUGGCCGGGCGUGGUCACGCUGGUGGGCCGCUGGUUUGGCAGAUCGAAGCGCGGCCUCAUCUUUGGCAUUUGGAACAGUCACACGUCCAUUGGCAACAUACUGGGCACCUUGAUAGCGGCGCACUAUGUGGAAAGCGAUUGGGCCAUGUCGUUUGUGGUGCCUGGCAUAAUCAUUGGCGCUAUUGGCUUCCUGCUCUUCCUGUUCCUGGUGGAUCAGCCGGAGAUUGUGGGCUGCUAUCCGGACAGCGUGCCGCACGAGCGUCGCGUUACCAACGACUCUGACGAGGAGCACGACGACGAGGAACAGGUGCGCCACAACGCUGCCUUGGUGGUCAGGUCUGCUGUGUAUGGCAUACCCGAAACCGAAAUCAGCUACAGAUCGGCGCCAACAGAGCGCACACCAAUCUUGGCCAGUUCUCACUCGCAGAGCCAUCAGAGGGAGCACGGAUCCGGUCGUCCCAUCAGUCUCAUCGAUGCUCUGUAUAUACCCGGAGUUGUAGAGUUCUCUUUGUGUUUGUUCUUCACGAAGCUGGUCAGCUACACAUUCAUGUACUGGCUGCCCUUGUACAUACAGUCUUCCAGCACAUUGGGUCCCACGCUGUCUGCGGAUCUGUCUACGCUCUUCGAUGUGGGCGGCAUUUUCGGGGCCAUUGCUGCGGGCUACAUAUCCGAUCUUACUGGAAUGUCCGCCACCAUCUGCACGGGCAUGCUCUUCAUAGCAUCACCAAUUUUGCUGAUGUAUCAACAGUACGGCGCAUUGUCGGUAUCGAUCAGCGUGCUGCUGCUCAUUGUGGUCGGCAUCUUUGUGAAUGGUCCGUAUGCAUUGAUAACGACAUCGGUGAGUGCGGAACUGGGCCAGCACAGCUCCUUGGAGGGCAAUGCCAACGCACUGGCCACUGUGACGGCCAUCAUCGAUGGCACUGGCUCGAUUGGUGCCGCUGUGGGGCCACUCCUGGCUGGCCUGAUCUCCACCACAGGCUGGCAGAAUGUCUUUCACAUGCUGAUCAUAGCCGACAUAAUUGCCAUGCUGUUACUGGGUCGACUGGUCGUCAAGGAAUUUGCCUCACUGCGGAGAUCCCCAACGCGCAUACGCAUCGAAUAACAUGAGGCGGACCCCGAGCCGGUUGUUGUUGUAGUCUGACCUUAUUUAUUACUAAACAUUUUGAUAGCCACCGUUUAUGUGUACAUAUUGCAUUGUUCAUUCGAGAGUGUGCGAGUAUCAGAGCUGAUCCGAUGCUAGUUUUAUCCUACCCAUUAUAGUACAUGUCGUCGUAUCGCUAAUGUUAUUUUAAAUUGUAUUCGUUCAACCAGCCGGAAUGUUAACCAUUAUCCUAAGCUAUCUUUCAAGUUUACAAUUUUGAUAUACCAUAUACCAUAUGAUAUAUGUACAUGUACAUAUAUGUAUGUAUACCAAAUACCCGAUAUAUAUUUUGUAAUCUUGUGUGUGCGUGCGUGUGUGUCCAGAGUCUCUUCGUUUUAAGUGCCGAACUAUCAUUAGUAAUAGCAUAAUUCUACUGCUAUGUAAAUACAGUUUAUCCGUACACUUUUUCGUACAUCAAUAAAACGGAAGGACUGUCCGCCCCCGCACGGCAGGCAGUCCAAUUUCUAAACUG